AUGGCUAGGUUGCCUCCUCAUCUCCGGCGCCAGCUCCUCGCGGGUGUCGUGUCCUCGAACCCAACACCAGCCCUGUUCGCUCGAGACACCUGCGCCGCGAGCGGCAGGACGUCUUGCACGUCGCAAGGUCUCUCGGAAGGCCUGUGUUGCCCCCAAAACAGCCAGUGCGUCCCUCUGGCGGGCAACACCACCGUCAUGUGCUGCCCGAGCGACAGCUCAUGCGCCAAGAUCCAGCCCAUCACCUGCGACGUGUCGGAACAGGACCCGACACUACAUCCGGACGCUCCCAUAAAAACCGUCGCGCGAGGCGCCAAGCUGCCGACGUGCGGUGGCGAUUUCUGCUGUCCUUUCGGGUACAGCUGCUCGGCGGAUCGCUCGUCGUGUACCAAGGAUUCGGACCAGUCCAAGGCACCCCCGGGCAUGACGUCAACCGUGACGCCCGCGCCCACGACUACGCCCGGAACCUCGGCGUCGACGACGGCCGCGGCCGCAGCCGCAGCCACGUCAACCGGCGCGAGUCGCGACACCGGCUCGUCCUCUCUCGGGCCCAAGGAGAUGUCCAUCAUCGGAGGCGUGGCCGGCGGGGCCCUCACGCUCGUCCUCAUGGCCAUGGCAGGACUCGUAUUCCUCUGCAUCCGGAGCCGGUCCAAAAAGGCUCUCCCGCAAAGGGGCCCCUCGCGAAACGGGCCCGCCAGCUCCGGGCCGUACGGAAACCUGAUUUCCGGACCCAUCACGAACCCCGACCUGUCGUUCCGCACAGACUUCAUCCGUCAGACCAAGGAGGCGCCCCCUCGCGUAUCAGUGAUGCACUCUCUGCUGGACCGCUGCUCCCGAAUGCUGGGCGUGCAAGGACGCGAGGCGCACAACACGCGCAUGUCGAUACCGAAUCGGUUCGGGUCGCCCAAUCCGUCUCUCCAGUCGUCGCGCAUGUCACGAUCGUCCCUGACGUCCGAGGACGAGCGCAACGCGCGCACCGGACAUGUCGGCGCGCGUCUGCCGCCCAUCCGGCAGCUGAAAGGCUCGAGCAGGUUGUCGUGCAGGAUCUCGACGCACGACUUCUACCGUGACUCGGCGCGGGACAGCAUCGCGUUUGCCGACCCCGGCGCCGCGAGCCAACCCCACCGCGGCGGCAACGUGCAGCGCGGCACGACGUUCAGCGACUUGAUGAACCAAGUGACCGUGGGCGACGCUCACCGCAACGACGGCUACGUGCCUGGCAGUCAGAACCUGCUCGUUCCCGGAACGAAGCACAGCUUGCGAUGA